AUGGUGCCUCCUGUUGAAGGUGUUGCUGGUGGAGGAACUGCAUAUGGAUGGAGUGACACUAGUGUGCACGAUCCAAGUAAACUGAUGGGGUCUAUUGAUCCUUUGAAAGUUCCAACUUCAGAAUUAGUUCAUAUUUGGUGCAUGCCAAGCACCGCUAAUGUUGGUACUCAGGACAUGCCGCGAUCACUAGAACCUAUAUCUCUCCUAGCAGCAAGAAAUGAGAGGGAAAGCAUUCAAAUUGCUUUACGCCCAAAGUAUUCAUGGGGUGGAUCUGCUGCAGGAACUGUACAAAUUCAGUGUACUGAUCUAUGCUCGACGUCAGGAGACAGAUUGACAGCUGGUCAGGCAUUGACACUUCGGCAAGUAGUUCCCAUAUUGGGGGUUCCAGAUGCUCUUGUGCCCCUUGAUAUGCCAGCCUGUCAUCUUAAUUUGUCACCUGGUGAAACAACUGCAGUUUGGAUAUCUGUGGACGUUCCAAGUGCGCAACCUCCUGGUCAAUAUGAUGGGGAGCUGAUAAUAACGGCUACUGGAGCUGAUGCAGAAUCUGGAUCGUCUUGGCUGAGCAAAGCUGAGAAACAUAAACUGUACGGACAACUUAGGAACUGUUUAGAAAUCGUGGAACCCCUUGAUGGAAAACCUAUAGAUGAAAUGGUGGAAAGGGUAAAUUCAGCUUCCUCAUACUUGAGAAUGGUCCUAAUGUCCCCAUCAUUCUCUGACUGCAAUUCAGAUACCGCCCCUCUAGAUAUGAUGGAGGAAGAUGCUAUUUCGAACCUUUCUGUCAGGCUGAAGAUAAGUUUGACAGUUUGGGACUUUGUUCUACCAGAAACUCCUUCCCUCCCUGCUGUUAUUGGUGUUUCUGACACGGUGAUUGAAGACCGUUUUGGUGUUGAACAUGGAAGUAGUGAUUGGUACGAGGCCCUUGAUCAGCAUUUUAAGUGGCUACUUCAGUUUAAAAUCAGCCCAUAUUUCUGUAGAUGGGGUGACAGCAUGAGAGUUUUGACAUACACCUGUCCAUGGCCAGCUGAUCAUCCAAAAGCGGAUGAGUAUUUUUCUGAUCCCCGGCUUGCAGCAUAUGCCGUUCCAUGUGCCCCUGUAGUUUCCAGUGAUAAUACAGAAGAUUAUCUGCAUAAAGAAAUUGAUAUUUUGAGCAAAAAGACUCACUGGAGAAAGGCCUAUUUUUAUCUGUGGGAUGAGCCGCUGAAUGUGGAGCACUAUAACGCAAUCCGUACCCUGGCUGCUGAGAUUCAUGCAUAUUCUCCAGAGGCUCGUGUUCUUACUACAUACUACUGUGGUCCAAGUGACGCUCCUCUUGCUUCUAAUAAUUUUGAGGCAUUUCUCAAAGUUCCAGAGUAUUUACGCCCUCAUACUCAAAUAUAUUGUACAAGUGAAUGGGUGAUUGGGAACCGGGAGGAUCUGGCGAAGGAUAUUAUUGCUGAAAUACAACCUGAAAAUGAUGAGGAGUGGUGGACAUAUGUAUGUAUGGGACCUUCUGAUCCUCAUCCUAACUGGCACCUCGGAAUGCGAGGAACACAACACCGUGCAGUGAUGUGGCGAGUAUGGAAAGAAGGGGGAACAGGUUUUCUAUAUUGGGGUGCAAACUGUUAUGAAAAAGCAAUAGGUCCUAGUGCUGAGAUAAGAUUCAGGCGCGGCCUCCCUCCAGGCGAUGGCGUAUUGUUUUACCCAGGCCAGGUGUUCUCGUCCUCACGUGAACCUGUUGCUUCUCUGAGGCUUGAACGGCUUUUGAGUGGUUUGCAGGACGUAGAGUAUCUCAGGCUCUAUGCUUCGAGAUUCGGUAGGGAUCAAGGACUUGCUCUAUUGGAAAAGACGGGGGUAUAUUUGGGUCCCGAAAGAUACACUCUAGAACACACUCCAAUUGAUGUAAUGCGAGGCGAGAUCUAUAGGACUUGUCGAUCUUAG